AUGUCAGGAUUGCUGCGUCAAGGCUCUGUUGCGAGAGUGAAUGUAAUGUUAAUGUCAAUGCCAAAGGAAACCGUUCAAGUUAGAGCUCAGUUGCUCGACCCAACCAACUCGCAGUUGAUAUGUGAAGCUGACCGUACUGUUGAUACAGGACUAGAUGAGUUGACGAAUGUUGAUGAAGUGUGGGUGUCGCUCGAAAUUCCGUCCGAUGUUCUAUCUUCUCAGUACCGACUCGACGUCUCCGCUGUUUCUGGCGACAAAACUUUCUUCAGUGAAAGUGCUAUUGUGGGUGUGGCGCCAAAGGGUCCAACGAUAUUUAUUCAAACUGAUAAGCCAGUUUACAAGCCUGGACAAACAGUUCGAAUGAGAAUUGUUGCCCUCGAUUUCGAAAUGAAACCAUACAAAGAAACCGUAACCAUAGAGAUAUCGGAUGGUCAUGGUACUAAAGUUCAACAAUGGAUAGACAAAUCGCCGCUCACAGUACUACCAAAAUUCGAAGUAACAGUCAUUGUUCCACCUUACAUUGUAACUACAUACAAGACAGCUCCCGUAACGGUUGUAGCAAAAUACACUUAUGGAAAACCGGUAAAAGGCGUGGCUUGUUUAACUGCAAAAUCUGUAUACGAUCAUCGUUAUCUACCUCGAACACGUGCGUCACAAACAUGCAAAAAGAUCGAUGGAAUCACUGACUUCAACAUGUUAAUAGGAUCGAACUUUUAUGUAUCUAGAAGUUACUAUAAGCGAUAUUUGUCCCACGUCGACUUCAAUGUAACAGUAAUAGAAAAAGGAACACAGACAGCUAUCAACGCAACAGAGACGGCAGUAGCAUCUGAAUAUGAUUAUGUUGUCAGCUUCCUACCCAGAAUGUUUAAACCAGGACUGCCUUUCAACAUUAAGGUCAAUGUAAUGACUCCUGAUUUGGUGCCGUUUUUCAAUCGGACAAACAUCACCUUGGACUUGUUUGUAUCGCAAUAUCCAUCAAACAGAAAAAUUUAUUCUACUGUUGUUGAGGCUAUCAACGGUACGGCAGAAUUUGAAGUGUUUUUGCAGAGAAAUCAUUUUAGUAACGACAUCGUCGUAAACGCGAUAGUCGAUUCCACAAAUACAGCGACUCACACAAUUCAAGUAAAUGGUUUCAUCGGUAAACCUCAGAUCACCACCAGAUCAGAAGAAGAAUUAUUAUUUCCUGGUAGCAAUGAGUUGACCUUCUACACAACUAAAGCAGUCGAAACAAAUUUGUUUUCGCUGGCAUCCUCAAAAGGAGCACUUCUGCGUUCCUGGACUAAAACAGUGAAAGGGAAAAAGUCUGGAAAGUAUUGGGGAGUAUAUGAGUUUAGUAUUUCUAUUGAUGUCAGCUGCGCAAUGACUCCUCAGUUUCAUCUCGUUUCUUACUAUAUCGGAGAGAAAAACACCGCAAUUGCUGAUGUCAUCACAUUGAGAGUGCAGCCCUGCUUUCAACACAAGGUCAACGUGGCGUUUAGUUUAAAUGAGACAAAACCUGGAAGAAACAUACAGAUGUCGAUAACAGCAGAUCCUGGUUCGAUGGUCAGUUUAUCAACAGUAGACAAAAGCGUAUAUCUGGUGCCUUCCUCAUGUACAAAUCAAAUGACUGCAGAGAAUGUAUGUCAUGGUGAAUAUUUAUCAGACGAUCGAAUGUCGACCGUCAACGUCUUACCCAUGCAGGCAUUAACUGAAAUGUCAAAAUACGACGUUCAGUCUACCAUUUCCGACGACGACGAAACGGGUCUGUAUAGUUUAAGCGACCCGGUAACCGGUGGUUUGAGAGACUGGUGGAGAUCGUGGUGGCCCAACACUGAAUAUCCUCAAUCAUUUCCAUCGGCAGGCAUAGCAGUCAUAAGCAGUUACCACUUUGGAGGGAAGACAGUUUAUCGCUUCAAACGACAAGUUGGUUCGGGUGACGGCGGAGAAGACGAGAAAGGUGGUCUAGCUGGCAUUGGCAGAGUAAGAACUUUCUUUCCCGAAACGUGGCUGUGGGAAGAUCACAUUACAGAUGCUAACGGCCAUGUGGUGUUGAACUUGACAGUUCCUGAUACUGUCACUACGUGGGUGGCCGACGCGUUCGCUAUCUCAGAAUCUUCAGCUUUUGGAAUAGCCGAGAUGCCUGCAACUGUCUUAGCGUUUCAAUCAUUUUUCGUGUCGCUCAGUCUUCCAUAUUCGGUCAUUCGAGGAGAAGAAAUGACUGUGAUCGCUACAGUCUUUAAUUAUUAUCACGAAAAUCUUACAGUGUUGGUGGUACUUGAGAAGCAAUUAUCAGAAUUUAGAUUUUCCUACAGAGACGGCAGUAAGAGAAAUACGACUAUCUUAGUUCAGUCAAAAGACAGCGCUACCGUUCGUUUCCAUAUCGUACCGUUACAAUUGGGAUACAUUCCUUUCAAAAUAUCGGCCUAUUCCUCGUUCGAUUCCGACGCAGUGUUGAGGACUCUUUUAGUAGAACCGGAAGGAGUUGAAAAAAUUGAUUCUCAAAGUGCUUUUGUUUCUUCAUCAACUAAUUUAGAAUUUCCUCUGGAAUUACCGAAUUAUGUUGUAAAUGGUUCUGCUAGGGUCGUCUUGUCUGUAACAGGUGAUUUCAUGAGUCCCACCAUAAACUGCCUUGGUUCCCUUUUAAGAAUGCCAUAUGGAUGUGGUGAACAGAACAUGAUCAACUUUGCUCCAGCCGUCUAUAUCAGAAAGUAUCUCGUAGAAACCGAUAGCCUUACGCCCGCAACGGAGCAAAAGACAAGAAAAAUAAUGAGUACAGGUUAUCAGAGAGAAUUGACGUACCAAAGAAGAGACGGCUCGUACGCUGCUUUCGGAGAUGGCAGUAGCAAAGGAAGCUUGUGUCUGACAGCUCUUGUUAUGCGCGUUUAUGCUCAAGCGUUACCGUACAUGUACAUAGACGUCGAAUCGAUGAGCCGAUCGCUUUGUUGGUUGAUAAAUCAGCAAAGUAAAGACGGAUCUCUAGGAGUGAAGGUCGACGUUGGAACCGGAGGAUUGUAUUGUGCAUCACGUGGCUCAGGAAAAUCCGUUCAAUUACAAUUAACGGCAUACAACAUAAUGGCACUUUUAGAAGUAAAACGCAAGUUGAAAAACAAGGAAUUGCAAUGCAAUGAUGGGAACGUUUUUAUCGACGACGUCACUAGAAAGAGCAUAUCGUUUCUUCUAAAAAACAUUGACAACGUAGUUAACCCGUAUUCUAAGGCGAUGGUAGCGUACGCGUUGGCCAUGGCAAACGAGGAAGAGUCUGAUACACUCAUCAACCAGCUAUUCUCACUUGCAGACAAAAAAGACGACAUGUGCUUUUGGUCUUUCGGACAGCAAUGUAGACUGCGAUAUCUAUGUCUCUACCACCCGACGAGCAUACAGACGGCUGCUUAUGUAAUUUUGGCUUGUCUGGAGAGAAAAAGAAUAGCAGACGCGGUUUGUGUCGUUUCGUGGUUGAGCGAGCAAAUGGACGAAUGCGGCGGAUAUCGAUCGACUCAAGAUACGGUAUUGGCAUUGUUUGCGCUUUCUCGAGCUGCACGAAAUUUCUACUCUGAUGAUUCGAUCAAAGUGGCUAUUCACGUUACAACGAAGAAUCACAUAAACAAAACGUUUAGCGUAGACCAGCACAACAAACUGAUCACUCAAAGAGAGGAGAUCGUCAUAUUCCAUUCAACCCAUGUGAAAGCACGCAGUACUGGGAGCGGUCACGUAUUGUUUCAGGCCGAUCUGACCUACAACAUUCCGACCGUCGAUCCAAGCGACUCGUUCGAACUAAACGUAUCGGUGAAAGCCAAAACAUUUAACUUAGACGAGAUCACGUUUGACUUGAAUCGAUUCACACGAAACUCACAAGACGAAAUCGACGAACUACUGAACCCUGACGAUCUCUUCUGGGAAGAAGAUCCGGAUAUAGACGAGAUAGACAAAGAAAUUGAAAAAGAGAUUGAACGGCGUUCGAGAGAAACAAAGAAGGAGAACAGCGCGAGGGACAAACCCACACAGAACGUUUCGUUCGCAAACGAAACUCAACAACAACCGACAGUUUUGAUCACGAAUGUCUGUUUUAAGUAA